GCCAGGCACAGAUAGCAUCUCCCUUCCCAGGCCAGCUGCCCCAGCCCCCUUCCCCCAUGCUGCAAUUGGUCUCCUGGGGUGGGGGGUGCAGAGAAGCGUCCUCCUGGGAAGGGGACGCCAGGCCCCCGUCCCUCCCCGUCGCCCCUCGCCUGCUUCCGCAGCAUCAAUAUCAAUUUUAGCCAGUGACCUCUGGAACAGUCUGCUGGUCAGUUGCGCCGCCAGAGGCUGGCUCAAUUUCAACCCUCAACAGUGGUGGCUCUCACCCCCUCUGCCGGGGGCAUGUGGGUCCCCCUCUGACGGUGGCCAGGUUUGGCGUGACACACACACAAAUGGCCAAGUGGCUACGCGACUACCUGAGCUUUGGCGGUCGGAGGCCCCCUCCGCAGCCGCCUACCCCCGACUACACGGAGAGCGACAUCCUGAGGGCCUACCGGGAACAGAAGAAUCUGGACUUCGAGGACCCCUAUGAGGACUCGGAGAGCCGCCUGGAGUCCGACCCCGCCGGCGCCGGGGACUCGAAGGGCCUCGGAGACGCCAAGUACGACUCUCCCAAGCACCGGCUCAUCAAGGUGGAAGCUGCAGACAUGGCCAGAGCCAAGGUCUUGCUGGGCAGCCCUGGGGAAGAGUUGGAACUCGACACCGAGUACUCAGACCCCUUUGAUGCCCAGCCUCAUCCGCCACCUUCAGAUGAUGGCUACAUGGAGCCUUACGAUGCCCAGAGGGCCGUGAGCGAACUGCCGUGCAAGGGGGUGCAGCUGUAUGACACCCCCUAUGAGGAGCAGGACCGAGAGCCAGGAGAUGGGCCCCCUUCUGGAAGGAGACCUCGCCAGAGCCGGCUGCCUCAGGAGGAUGAGCGGCCAGCGGAUGAGUAUGACCAGCCCUGGGAGUGGAAGAAAGACCACAUCUCCAAGGCGUUUGCAGUGCAGUUCGACGGCCCGGAGUGGGAAAGGACCCCAGGCUCAGCCAAAGAGCUCCGGAAACCCGCAUCCAGAAGCCCCCAGCCCGCGGAGCGCGUGGACCCGGCCCUGCCCCUGGAGAAACAGCCGUGGUUCCACGGCCCACUGAGCCGGGCCGAUGCUGAGAGCCUCCUGUCGCUCUGCAAGGAAGGCAGCUACCUCGUGCGGCUCAGCGAGACCAGUCCCCAAGACUGCUCCCUGUCCCUCAGGGGCAGCCAGGGCUUCCUGCACCUGAAGUUCGCUCGGACCCGAGAGAACCAGUUCGUGCUGGGUCAGCACAGCGGCCCCUUCGCCAGCGUCCCGGAGCUGGUCCUGCAUUACAGCUCCCGGCCGCUGCCCGUGCAGGGCGCUGAGCACCUGGCCCUACUGUACCCGGUGGUCGUGCAGACGCCCUGAGCCCAGGAGCUUCAGCCCCUGCCCUGCACCGCGAGGGCCCAAGAGUCGCUGCUGGAGGGAAGCCGGAGGGAGACGCUCGCUGCCCCUCCAAGCCCUGGGCUGCUUCUUGGCCCUCUCCCGGGUUCUAGGAUACAGAACUGCGGCUCCCAGCCCUCCUCUGGCCUGGAAAAUAAAUAAGUUAUUGUGCGUU